AUGGUCACCGUUCUCUUCCCCUCCACUGGUGCCGCCUGCUUCGUGCAGAUGCCGUCCGAGUUGCGCGCAGUCCGUCCUGGCUACUGGAAGCGUGCGGUGGUCGCGGCGAGGGGUGUUGGCAAGGGCAUGGGAGGGCUGUGCGAGGGCGACAGGCAUGUUGAGAACAUGUGUGUCGUUGUUCGUCCAGAAUCCGCUCGGCCUGGCGCGGAAGGCUCGGCACCGCUCGGACGUGUGCGCUCCUCGGCGAGGGCCCCUCGAGGCGCGUCCCCCUGGAGCCUCGAGCAGGAGCGCGCGCACGACGCCGACGAAGGCACGGAGGAAGACUAG